AUGGCUUUCUGCACUUCAUGCUUACGUCCAUCAAAUUCAUCCAUCGUAACUCACACUCAGCAGCCAACGCUGUCAUUAAAAAGUUUAUUACGUCGUCAAUUAUUAAAAAAAUCUACGCAUAUCAGCCGAUCUCGUGCGCCUACACAAUGUUCCAAUACGCAAAACAAUGUCCGAUUUCAACGUCUUAACGGAUCAAAUUUUGUUCGAGAAGUCAAUCCAAUAAUAGAAUGUAGUUUUAAAGCGAACUCAACGAAUAACUAUGACAUGACAAUAUUUCACGAUGAUCAAAUGAACGAGACGGACUUAUCUUUCUCCCAUAGACGAAAGAAGAAAAUUCCACGUUGGGCACGAAAGAGUCAAAUACAAUUGGCAUUUAUCAAUCAAAUUUAUUUCAACGAUAAGAAUCCCGAAGAGAUCUUUGGUUCAAUUCAACUUGAUUUAGCUGACGAAAUUAUGCAAUCAAUCGAUACAACUGAUGUUUAUUCUUCUACUCUAUUUCCUCCGAACUUUGUUUGA